UUCCAGCUUCCUAUAUUUCACUUCGUUUAAAAUAUGGGACAAGAGAUAUCACAACAGAAUAAAUGUUACACAAGUAGACGGCAACAGCAACAAUCUUUUCCCCACACCAACACAACACAGCACCCGAACAGCCAACAUCAACAGCACCACCAGCAGCAGCAGCAUCAUUCGGACAAGCCGAGCAGCAGCUAUCAACAAUCCUUCAACAAUCCCUAUUCCUGUAACCACAACAAGAGCAACAUAAAUUCCAUUUCCACCACCCCUUCCCCUCCGCAUCUCAUCUAUUCGCCGAAACACAAGGAGUUGGUCUACACCUCGUCAAGCAUUUCGAAUUCUUCGUCGACGGACGACGAAUAUUAUCGCCAGUGUCAACGUUACAGUUUGGCCAAGCAGAGUUACGAGAAGACGAAAAUACCCAAGCCAUUGGGUUCCCGCAAAUCGCUCGAUAGUCAUUCGACCACUACGACUGCAAGUUCGGAGUAUCAGAGGGCAAACUUUGCGGUGGCUGACGAUUUGUAUCGCGACAUCAAGGGAAGGCAUCAACGCAAAAAUUCCCAGAGCACCGAUAGUGGCAUUUAUUAUUCGUCGUGCCAGUGCACCACGCCGCCAAGUAGAUUCUCUUCAGCCGCCUCGGUGACCAGUGGUGGGGCUGUAUCGGCCAUAUCGAGUAAAUCGAAUAAAUCGAUACAAAAACAAAAGGAAUACUUGGAUCAUCAUUUGUACAUCAAAUCGUAUCUGGACAUUUUGGAAGAGGAUCAGAGGGCCAGUGCCCAAUAUAAGAUAGCCAAACCGGGUGGCAUACGGAAUUAUACGCCCAAAAUUUUAUCGGAAGUGGCAUUGUCCACCAGUGCACCGGCGGUGAGUAACGGUUUUGGCAAGGCGAAAAGUGGACGCAAGGAGGAUCCUUGGAUCUGA